UCUCCCCUGCUUUCUCUCUCUCCCUCUCUCCUCAAUCGCAAGGCUGCGCUCACCGACUCUACACCGCUAACAGGGAUGCAGCGAGGGCGCAGCGCAGCCUGAAAAAUGGCACCAGCACGCGUCCUGUGGAUCUAUCCAUCCCUUCCCCUCCUGUCCUCCCUGCUUCUUCUUUUUCACGCGUUGUCGCCGUGCCGAGCCUUAAGGAAUUACCCGGAGAAUGAAGUUACGUUACUGGACUCUAUGUCAGCCUUGGCCGACCUGGGCUGGGAGGCUUACCCAAAUGAAGGGUGGGAGGAGAUCAGUGUGAUGGAUGAGAGGAACACGCCGAUGAGGACGUACCAGGUGUGCAACGUCAUGGAGGCCAACCAGAACAACUGGCUGAGGACACGCCACAUCAGCCGCGAGGGAGCGCAGCGCGUCCACAUCGAGAUCAAGUUCACCCUGAGGGACUGUAACAGCCUGCCCGGGGUCCCUGGUACCUGCAAGGAGACAUUCAACAUGUACUACUAUGAGUCCAACAAUGCCAACCUGUGGUUCAUCAAGGAAAGCCAGUAUGUCAAGAUCGAUACUAUUGCUGCAGAUGAGAGUUUUACACAGGUGGACGUUGGCGACCGCGUGAUGAAGCUAAACACGGAAGUGCGGGAUAUCAGCAACCUGAGUAAAAAGGGCUUUUACCUGGCCUUCCAGGACCUGGGCGCAUGUAUCGCUCUGGUCUCAGUCAGGGUCUUCUACAAGAAGUGUCCUCUCACUGUUCUUAACUUGGCCCAGUUCCCCGACACGAUCACUGGCGGAGACACGGCACUGGUGGAGGUCCACGGUCUGUGUGUGAACGCCUCUGAGGAGUUCGAGGCUCCUAAGAUGUACUGCAGCGCAGACGGAGGCUGGCUGGUUCCCAUCGGGAGGUGUGUGUGCAAACCGGGCUUCGAGGAGAACAAAGACGUCUGCCAACCGUGCCGAACUGGUACCUACAAAGCUUCAGCCACUGAUGCCUAUUGCACCAAAUGUCCUCCUCACAGCUCGUCCCCGCAGGAACAAGCCGUCGAGUGCGUCUGCGAGAAAGGUUUCUAUCGUGCCGAGGCCGACCCACGCUCCAUGGCCUGCUCACGUCCACCAUCUGCCCCUGAGAACCCCAUCUCCACGGUGAACGAGACCUGCGUCACCUUGGAGUGGUCUCCACCCAGAGACACAGGAGGCAGAGGAGACAUCAGCUACAGCCUCCACUGCAGGAAGUGCUCCGGAGACGGCAGGAAGUGCACACCGUGUGGUAGCAGCGUCCACUUUGUCCCCAGACAGUUUGGUCUCUCGUCAGCCAGCGUGCUGGUCACCGACCUGCAGCCGGACUCCAACUACAGCUUCACUGUUGAGAGCCAGAACGGAGUGUCCGACUUCAGCCCCACCCCCAGAGGAACGGUGGUCAUCAAUGUCACUACAUCCCAGACAGUGAGCGUGGUGCUGAAGGAGAGGCGGAGCAAGGACAGCGUGACUUUGGCCUGGCAGGGUCCGGAGAGACCAAACGGAGCGAUAGUGGAGUAUGAGGUCAUCUACUAUGAGAAGAACCAGCGGGAGCAGAACUACACCGUGUUGAAGACUCGCUCCAACAUGAUGACAGUGGACGGGCUGAAGCCAGGGACCACCUACGUGUUCAGGGUCAGGGCUCGGACCGACGGGGGCUACGGGAGCUACGGCGGAGAGAUUGAAUUGGAAACCAGCCACGAAGAUGUUUUUGCCAUCGGGGACCCUAACCAGUCCACCAUCCUGGCUGUGUCCAUCGCCGGGGGAAUCGUCCUCCUCAUCUUCCUUGUGACUUGCUUUGUUGUCAGCGGAAGGCACUGUGGAUAUAUCAAGGCCAAACAGGACCCUGAUGAAGAGAAGAUGCAGUUCCAACAUGGUAGAGUCAAGCUGCCAGGCAGCAGGAUUUACAUCCAUCCUCACACGUACGAAGACCCCAACCAGGCUGUCAGGGACUUUGCCAAAGAGAUCGAUGCUUCCAAUAUCCGCAUAGAGAGAGUCAUUGGAGCUGGAGAGUUUGGGGAGGUGUGCAGUGGUCGGCUGCGUGUUCAGGGAAAGAGGGAGAUCUACGUGGCCAUCAAGAGUCUGAAGGCGGGAUACUCUGACAAACAGAGGCGGGACUUCCUGUCUGAGGCCUCCAUCAUGGGACAGUUUGACCAUCCCAACAUCAUCAGGCUGGAGGGUGUCGUCACAAGAUGUAAACCAGUGAUGAUCAUAACGGAGUUCAUGGAAAACGGAUCUCUGGACACUUUCCUCAAGAAACAUGACGGGCAGUUUACGGUGAUCCAGCUGGUCGGCAUGCUGCGUGGCAUCGCCUCAGGUAUGAAGUACCUGUCGGACAUGAGCUACGUUCACAGAGACCUGGCAGCUCGUAACAUCCUGGUCAACAGCAACCUGGUGUGUAAGGUGUCCGACUUCGGCCUGAGUCGAGUUCUGGAGGACGACCCAGAGGCUGCCUACACCACACGGGGAGGGAAGAUCCCCAUCAGGUGGACAGCUCCAGAGGCCAUAGCCUACAGGAAGUUCACCUCAGCCAGCGAUGUGUGGAGUUACGGUAUCGUCAUGUGGGAGGUGAUUUCAUACGGAGAGAGACCCUACUGGGAGAUGUCCAACCAGGAUGUGAUCAAAGCAAUAGAUGAGGGCUACCGUCUUCCCGCUCCGAUGGACUGUCCUGUGGUUUUGCACCAGCUCAUGUUGGACUGCUGGGAGAAGGGACGCAGCGACAGGCCAAAGUUUGGACAGAUCGUCACAAUCCUGGACAAGCUCAUCAGAAACCCGGCCAGCCUCAGAGAGCUGGCCAACAGCUCAGAAUGCAGGGAGGACCCGACCACCCCAGAGUUCAGUGUGAACACAGUGGAUGAGUGGUUGGAGGCCAUCAAGAUGGGCCAGUAUAAGGAGAACUUUUCCAGUGCUGGAUAUGUCAGCUUGGACUCAAUCCUCUACAUCAGCGUCAGUGAAUUGGCUAAAAUGGGGGUGAAUCUUGCCGGCCACCAGAAGAAGAUUUUGUCCAGCGUGCAGACCCUGCAGACCCAGGGGACGCACGUUCAAGUAUAACAGUUUCCACAGAAACACACAGUGAGACAGAGCCAAAAUGGAGGCUCCGUGUGAAGAGUUUCCCCACUUAAAUGGAGUUGUUAUGGAUACUCUGUGCUCGGGGCCUCCAUUGAUUUUGAGACACCCUGAGUUGGAGUCAACAUGGACGCUUGACUCCUUCACCUCCUCGCAAUUUCACCAUUCUUCCUUCCUACCCUCGAUGGGCACCACUGGCUUUAGCAUUCAGUAACCCAGCCACCAUUAUGGAGCUACAAAGAGACACACGUCCAACAACAAGGCCACAUCUAGAGCAUCCCAGACCAUUUCACUUCAUAUCAGCCAAUAAAGAAUUCUUAACAGAGGAAAUGACAAAAAAAAACAAAUUAGAAUAUAAUUAUCAUCACUGUCUGUGAGGUGUACAGUUGUUGUUUUUUUUACUGUCAUUUUGUUUCUGUUCUGAGUUUUCACCUUGAAGAGUUUAAAAAGGGCCAGAAGAUAUGUAUAUGUGUAGAUAUAUGUUUAUAUGGGCUGUGUGUCCCACAACAGUAGAGAUGGACCUAACGUUUGUAAUGGUGGAGAGGUUUAAUGGGAGUUAUAACUUAGUACUUGUAUGGCCCCUUCCAUUGCUCUCUUUAUACAGAGCCAAUAAGUGAGCCGAGAUUAUGGAUAUCAUGAAUGUGUGGGGUGGGGUGAACAGGAAAAUGGACCUUUAGAGAUAGACAGGGAUGUAGAUUUUGCCAGCUCAUGAAGGAUGGAAGUAUGAAUCAUUUGAAUAGAGUUUUGACCAGGACAAGGGCUUCCCUAGUGACUGCUCUCAGACACACUUCCACAGCAACUGUGCUAGUCUGCUUUGAUGUUUAUCGGGUGGAAAUAAACAGCGGAAACUGCUUAAGCUGCAGUUACAGCACAGAUACAUUUUACUCUUCCAUCACAAGCUGUCUAUUCCAAACAACAUUGUCUAUUUGGCUGUCGCAGUAUGAUGUUGAUAGGAAUAUUUCAGCUUAAAAGUUUGCCUUCCCAUGUUUCAGCUGUGAUAAGAAAGUUAUAGUGUUUCGUGUUAAGAAAAUGUGGUGCCAUUCAUUCUAGAGUGACACUGUUGAGAAAGUGUUUAUCCGGUGUUGUGCCAUGUACAGUUAACAUUGACAUUUUCAUCUGGGCAACAUACCACCAUUACUACUAUACUCAGUCCUAUCAUCAGUUCAAACGGCUGGAUGUUAACAUAAGGCCAGUCUCAGUAAUUACAAUGUUUUGUUCAAGUCUUCUUUAUGAAAAAGAGCAUUGGAAUGGACGCUUUUUUUUCAGCAAGAGGAAAUAUAUAUAUAUAUAUAUACGCUGUGUCGAUUUUCAGCUGUGCAACCACGAGAGGGUGAAAAGUACUUAAGAAAGAUGAUUUGUGCGUCUUGUACUGUCUCACAUUCUUGUUAUCAGUCAAUCUAUUUCAAGCAUCACUAGUUUCAAUCCAUUACUGAUAAGGUACAUUUACAAAACAAUGUUUACAGCAAAUACAUAAAUAAAUUGGUUUGUUGGUUUUUCCUUAUCAGAAGGAAACUGCUGCUUUUCACAUUAAAUACAAGCUUAGAUAUGAUGGGACCCUCUUUGUGUGCACUGCAUUAAUGGCACUGAACCUGCUUAAGCGUACUCCCAGACCCCAGUUUUAAUAUAUGUGGUACUCUAUAGGACCAACGGUGUCAUAUAGUACAGUAUAUAUGAUUGUAUUAUAGUGUAAAAUAUGUACAGAGUUGAUUUCCAAUGUUAGAAUGUUUGUAAUGAUAACGAUGAUGAUGACUAUGAUGUACUUUUAUUGUGAAAAAGAGAUUUCUGAAGUACUCGUUCAGGGGCGUGUCGUGCAGGAGAAAAUUGCAGGGAGGUGAUUCGUUGGUCUGAACAAAGGAAUGUAGCAUGGUGCAAUGCUUCAGCUUUGAUUGACAGUUGACAAUGAGUGCAGUUUCUACCAUAGUGUUAGAAAGAGUAGAAUGGACUUUCCUUAUUGAUUCACUGGCUUCAUUUGCAUACGUCCCUUAAACAGUAAUUACAAGCACUUUCUAAGCCUGUGUCCACCUACAAAACAACUUGUUAAAGUGCUUUCUUGGUGAUAUAAAGAUGGAAGAGGGGAGGUUGAGAUAAGAGACGUGCUCAAAUUGAUGCAUUAGCUAAACCCCUCCACAAAGCAGAAAUUAUCCAAUCAAAUCUUGGCAACUAUAACUAGGCACGGCAGACCUGUCUAGCUUUGCAUUUCUCCGCAUGCUGAAGCGACUCGCAUGCAGUAACAGCUUGUAACUUGGCAUUUAAAGAGUUUCCAGGGUGUUGACCUUUUGUUCAACCGCUCCUUAAACGCAACAGCAAAAGCAUAAGGAAUGAAUUUAACAGUUUGUUUGUCUGUUCUAUUAUAAACUGCAUGUCGGAAUAACAAGUUUACCAUCUUCAAUAGUAUUCCAACAUCGCUUCCAAGGCCAAGGUGUUGUGAUGAAUAUAAAAAUAAAACCCUUUUUGACCAUCUUUACAGGGUUUUCAUUGAUUAGUUAGCUACAGCUAAAAGAGUAAAUCAUGCCAGUGACAGUUUUCCUAUCACUCAAAACGACUAUACCAUUUCAAAAAAGAAAGCUUGGCAGGCGUUGCAAGAGUAACUGUAGGGAACAUUCAUUUCCACCACUGUAUAGCUUGUUACUUGUGCAUUCUCUGCCCCAUUGGUUCAGAAUACAAUACAAAAUACAAUUCACAGAGUCUGAAACUGUUGGUACAUUCUACUCUUGCUAACUCUAUGAUUUCACUCAAGCGGACUACCCUUGACCGCUGGCCUUUUAGAUGCCUUAUUUACUGAGCUAGUGUUCUUUUCUGUUGCCCUAUAGAGGCGAUAUUAAGAGUAUAGUAUAUGUACAGGUAGUAUUUAUCUGUGUUCUUAAGAUGACCUCACAUCAACACCCUGGUUUUGUAAAAUCCCAAGACCGGCUCCAACAGCACCUUCACUAUGAAGCAGAACCAUGUCCUUGUUGUCCUUAAAACAGUGUAAUGAAUCUUAAAGCUGUAAUUGCUGAUUGGGAAACUAUCCUUAUUUAUUUGAUUUGUUUGAUAGGCUGCUCUAAGUUGCAAACUAUUUUCACAUGCAGCAAUCCUAAUGCAAAGUCAGAAUUAGAAAUGUCACUCAGAAAAUAUUGCAAAAAUGACCUCCCUUUUUACAAUCUUUUACACUUAAGAGAGGUCAAAGUCCACACCUUGAUUUCAACUCCAAAAAAAAGAUGCCAGUUUUGUGUCACUAUUCACCAUCAGGGUUAACAAUGUGGUUUUGUUUGCUUGAUCUCAAAUACAGUGUUUGUCCUCUAUUCCCCACCAGGUCUGUAUUGUAAGUGUUCAUGAAUGAUUCUCAUUCAAAAAAUGCAGCUCUCUGUCUCUCUCUCUCUCCUCGUCCCUCUCUUAUGCCACCUUACAAUGCUUAUUUGUCCCCAUGCCAGUCUCCUCUGCGUUGCUUGUUGUAAAGGGUGUAGGCAUUCUAAUGUCUUUCAUGUUGCUGUAAUAAAUAUGCUAAUAUUUCUAAUUUCUCA